UCCUCCCGGGCAGCGCUGCGAGCGGCGCCAGCUCUUUCGGCUCUUUCGGCUCUUUCGGCACUUGGCCCCGCGCGGCUCAGCCCCCCUCGCCCCAACUCCGGGGCAGCCGCCCCCUCCCCUCCAGCCCUCUCCCCGGCAGCCGCGGGGCGGCGGUGCCGGCUCUGUCCCCUUCCCCCCCCACAGCCUUUGUCGGCGGUCGGUCCGUCCGUCCGUCCGUCCGGGCGCGUGGCUCCUUUGUGUACAGCAGCUGCUCCUGAAUGCGGAGGCGAAGCCCGUGGCUCGGCACUGAGCUUUUAGAAAACAACAGCCCUGCCUCCUCUUCCCUCUGUCCUGCCCUCCGUCCCCUCCUCCCGCCGAGGCUCCCACCUGGGCUCCGCCGCCCACCUCUCCUCUCCUCUCUUUUCCUCCUUGUUUACCUGCACUUUUCCGCCGCCUCCCGGCCCUCGUCCGUCCCCGCUGCUCGGGCAGGCUGGGCGCCCCGCAGCUCCGCUCCCUCGGCGGUUCUGCCCGCGCCCCAGCCCCGGGGAAAGCACCUGAAGGUGGAUCUAUUAAACCUCCUGGCCGUCUCUCCAAGUGCACUUCUUGGACCCCAGCACCGGCAUGGAUGUAAGAUUUUACCCGGCUGCGGCGGGCAGCUCGCUUCCCGGAGACCCCUCCAACCUGGACUUUGCCCAGUGUUUGGGUUACUACAACUACAACAAGUUUGGAAACAAUAACAACUACAUGAACAUGGCAGAGGCAAAUAAUGCGUUUCUUGCUGCAAAUGAGCAGACAUUCCAUACACCGAGCCUUGGGGAUGAGGAGUUUGAAAUCCCACCGAUUACGCCUCCACCCGAGUCAGACCCUGCGCUGGGGAUGGCGGAUAUUCUGCUGCCCUUUCAGGGCCUUGGUGACCAGCUGCCUGCACAAGGAAAUGAAUUUACGCCUCAGUUUCCCCCCCAGAGCUUGGAUCUUCCCUCUAUUACAAUAUCCCGAAAUCUCGUUGAGCAAGACAGUGUCAUCCACAGCAAUGGACUGCAUAUGGAUCAGAGUCAUGCACAAGUUUCCCAGUACCGCCAGGAUCACUCUCUGAUCAUGAGAUCCAUUGUCCAUAUGACUGAUGCUGCUCAUUCGGGAAUUAUGCCUCCUUCCCAGCUGACCACCAUUAACCAGUCUCAGCUAAGUGCACAGCUGGGGCUAAAUUUAGGAGGCACUAAUUUGCCACACACUUCUCCUUCCCCUCCUGCAAGUAAAUCAGCCACUCCUUCGCCAUCCAGCUCUAUAAAUGAAGAAGAUGCAGAUGAAUCAAACAGAGCUACUGGAGAAAAAAGAGCUGCCCCAGAUUCUGGCAAGAAGCCCAAGACUCCAAAGAAGAAGAAAAAGAAAGAUCCCAACGAGCCACAAAAGCCAGUGUCAGCAUAUGCCCUUUUCUUCAGGGAUACGCAAGCUGCAAUUAAAGGGCAGAACCCAAAUGCUACUUUUGGAGACGUUUCAAAAAUAGUGGCAUCUAUGUGGGAUGGUUUAGGAGAAGAACAAAAACAGGUAUAUAAAAGAAAAACUGAAGCUGCCAAAAAAGAAUACCUAAAGGCACUUGCUGCCUAUAGAGCAAGCCUUGUCUCUAAGGCUGCUGCAGAAUCCGCUGAGGCCCAGACAAUUCGUUCAGUGCAACAAACACUGGCAUCCACAAAUUUGUCUUCCUCCCUUAUUCUGAAUACUUCUCUUUCUCAACAUGCAACAGUAUCGGCAUCUCCUCAAACUCUUCAACAGUCCCUUCCCAGAGCAAUUGCUCCAAAACCUUUAACGAUGAGACUGCCAAUGAAUCAGAUUGUAACUUCUGUUACCAUUGCACCAAACAUGCCAACAAACAUUGCAGCUCCCUUGAUAAGCAAUAUGGGAACAAAUAUGACUUCGUCUCAAGUCAGUCCCUCAAUGCAAAGCCAGCAGCACCAGAUACAGCAGCUCCAGCAGCAACAGAUGCAGCAGAUGCAACAGCAGCAACUACAUCAGCAUCAAAUGCAUCAGCAAAUACAACAACAAAUGCAACAGCAGCAUUUUCAGCACCAUAUGCAACAACAUUUGCAGCAGCAGCAGCAGCAUCUUCAGCAGCAAAUUAAUCAACAGCAAAUGCAACAGCAACUGCAGCACAUACAGCUUCAGCAAAUGCAGCAGCAGCAGCAAAUGCAGCAUAUGCAACACCAGUCGCAGCCUUCUCCUCAGCAGCAUUCUCCGGUAGCCUCUCAGAUCACUUCUCCCAUCACUGCCAUUGGGAGCCCUCAGCCAGCACCUCAGCAGCACCAGUCACAAAUACAAUCUCAGACACAGACUCAAGUAUUAUCGCAGGUCAGUAUUUUCUGAAGGUAAAUGAUCUUGCAACGUGGCUUUGUGUUGAUGGAGGGGGCAGGGGUAAACCAUAUUUGGCUGAAAACUGUAAAUUGUUGAUGGUAGUUAUGCAGGGAUGCAUAACAGAUCAAAUGAUCCUCUAAAGUGUCUAUUAGAUAGGCAAUAAAGAACUACAAUGUAGCUGUGUAUCAUCUUUUAGCUGACUAUAAAUCAUUUUGUUUAAAAAAAAAAAAAAGCUGUGCUCUUUUUCAUGUGAUGCCUUUUUAAUUUAUUUAAGCUUUACCUACAAUAUGUGAAUCAAAUGGCCUAAUAAAUACCUGGACCUUACGACUGCAAAAUGGCCUUCCAGAGUUAUACGAUAUAACCCUUCUUUCUCUAAAAGUGAGUAAUGCACUUCAAGGCAGUAUGAACUCAUGAAGCCCUUAAAGCACAGUUGUAACUACCUGUAAAAUGAUGAUUUGAUUUCAUACAAUCAUACUUGUAUGACAUGAGUUAGUUGAUGGCAUUUUUUGUCAUGAAAGAAUAGAGUAAAUCACAGAUUUUUGCCAAAGCUCUUAAUUUUUUCCUCUCCUAAAUAUCUUUGGAAAAACAAAUGCAAGUAACUGAACUUAAAUGUUUGGCCCAACCUUUCACUUAAUUUCUCCAAAUAAACCUACGAUAGUUUGUAAGAAAAUAUAUAUUGACAUUUACCCUCUUAAAUUAAUUCCAAUUACGGAACAAAUGUGAAUAUUAUAUUCUGUGUCGAAGUGAUGAGUUUCAGAUUUAAUACACUGUAUUUUUGAAAGGGAAAUGCACUUAAAUAAAACUGUUAUUACAGAAAGCUAAGAUGAAAAAUGCAAGAGUUUUUAAUACGCUGUAAAACCAGUAGAAUAUUUAAAUGAAACUCCACAACUGAAUAAUCAAUGUAAAUAUUUUCUUUAAAAGUUGUAAGUUUUCAUAUCAUGUGUUGUAAAGUUUUCAUAAAUGAGGCUUUAAUGUAAACACUGGUAACAUGAAUUAUUAAUUGCUACAUUGCUUAUUGUGUUUUUAUGCUGUUUUAUACUUUUUUAUGAGUUAUGAUAGCAGCAAUUAAGUUGUUUGUAUUUUGCUUAUCUAAAAUAAAUGCUUUUAUCUUGCUAUAGAAUAAACACAUUUCAGUAAAACC